AAAUCUGAUUCUGCUGUUACAAAUGGAAAUCAUGGAGAAAAUGGAAGCAGCAUUAGAUAAAGGAGUUAACAAAAAGGAUCUCUUGCAACUAGUUGAAUUGGAAUUAAAUAAAGCUGGCUUAAAGACAGCUUCUCAGACUCUCAGUACAACCGGGGAGUCUACUACAAGUUUUACUACAGAAACUGUGAGCUUCGAUGCCUCAGGUAUGCUGCAUGAUAUAUUCAAUCAGUUGACUGAAUAUGGUGUGGAAAUGGAUGCUUAUGUCCAAGCAAUGAAAGAACAUCAAGUAGCCCUUAGGGCAGAGCUACAACUUCUAGUAGAGUCACAGAAGAAGAGUUUGGAGCAAAAGUUGGAAGAGUACAGUACAAAAAGCCAAAAGCAAAUGCAUGACUUGCUAGAAGACCUCAUUCUCCGCCAAAGCAAGGUUAGUCUGCAGGAUUCCUCAAGGCAAGAGAUUCUCCUGGCUCUUGGCAAGAUACAAGAUGAUGUUGAGUCCCAUAAGUUCCUCACCACUGAUGCUUUCCGUAAAGAAACCAAUGUUCUAAAGAAAAAAAUGAAUGAACUGACCGAGGCAAUGGAAACAGGUUUCUCCAUGGUCAAAACAAAUAUCAAUGGUUUGAAAGAUUCAGCGAGACUGAUGGAAAGAAAUAUUCAGAAGUUAAAACUAGACAUGCAGCAACAGAAAAACUCAGCUGGAGACUCUGUUCAGAUGGUCAUUGCAGGGCCCGAAGAUGAAAAGAAGGGGGAAGAUCUUGGGGAAGUCUCUGGAUAUGCAAACAUUCCAUUUCCUCUAAACCAGAUGGACAACAUGUUUGAACGUUCAUACAGCUUACCUUUUCAAGUUUUUAGUUGUCCAAAUUUAAAUCUGCCCACCUCUUUUAGAUCAGAUGAAGUGUCUUGGCUGCCCCACCCUUUGUGCUUGCUAACCUCAGGUUUUGUAGUUAUUUCCUAUCUUUUUAUGUAUUGGAAUUCUAGCCCAUACUCUGAAGGUGGUCAAAGUUUGUGGCAUAAAUGGUUCAAAUAGCCUAAAUAACUUUUAUAGCUGAAUAAUGUAUGUUUAAAAUUUUGAUUUUUAUUCUACAUUUAUUUAUAUUUAUAUUAUAGAUUGAUAAACAGUAUAUACAUAUUUAUAAUUAUUCUGUUUUCAUUUAAUAGAAAUUAAGUUAAAAAAAAUAUAGUUGUGAAGAUAUAAUUGAAGAUGUAAUGAGAUCUAUUAUGCUUUUAGUACCUUAACAUUUAUUAAAAUAUAUUUUACCUACUUUAUUUAUCUAGGGUCUGCUUUUUGUAGUGUUGACUUUACUUUAUUGGAUUUACUUGUAUUGAGUGUCCUGUAUAUACUGAGAACAUCCUUAUAGGGGGAAUCAGUAAAUCUAAUUUUCAUUUGAAAAAGUACUACACUCUAUCUGUUUGGCCUAUCAGCAUAGGAAUAUAGGCUGGAGUCAGAUGAUCAUCACAUGCAGGAAAAUCUAUUUUUGAGAUCAAGAUGGAAGGUUUAAAUUGUUUUAAGUUUACAACUUUAUGCCUGCAGCUCGUGAAAACUUUAAAAUAUAACUGGAAUAGCCUUUUAUAGUAACAAGUAUGCUAGAACACUGCAUCUAAUUAUUGCAAGUGUUUAUGUACCACACAAGAAGUGAAUUGUGAAUAAUAUUAUGUAUAUACUAUGCUACAGAUCAAAUAUUAUUAAAGAGGAAAAAAAAUUAAAUAGAAAAACAUACAAUUUUAAUACAUUUAUAUUUAUUUUGUAAUAUUAAGCUUUGAUUUAGAGAUAAAGAAAUUAUGAUGAAUAUUGUAAGUUCAAAGUUGGUUAAAUGUUUAGAUACAAAUCAAGAAUAUUAUUGUUGGAAAAAGAUAGUUAAAUAGUUUGUUUUAUCUAUAGAAACAAUAAUAAAUGUGAGAAUAUGGUGCUGUAAAAAAAAAUGUGUUUGUUUUCCUGAGCAUUGAAAUAACGAGGAGACUUAAAUAAAUAUUUGAAUAUAUGGGAGCAGGUGAAUUAAAUUUAAGAUUGAUAUUCUUGACUUUCUUUAAUCAGACAAGCUUUCAUGGAAACUGGAAUAAAUAUCUUGAAUAUAUCAUCCAUCCAUCCCAGUAGUGCUACAUGGGCUCUGGCCUGAGCAUCCUUCUAUUUACUACUCCUGAGCUUUUUGUCUCUAUGUUAAACUCUAAGUAGAUGUAGAUCUGCCUCUACAUCAUUAAUCCAUCUAUUUGUGGUCUGCAUUUCUUUUUUUUUACAGGUAUACUAUUGUUGCUACUAUGUUCUCAACAUUCUUUCAAGGGGACCUUCCCAACUAAGUCUAUUUUUUUUUUAUUUCUGUCAGUAUAAGGGAAUAUUUAAUGAAAUAAUAAUCUUUAAAGUCCAUAUUGUCUGUUAUUGAUAGCAGAUGAAGAUUGAUUUUCUCCACCAUAUUUAAUCAAACUGUCUUGUUCACAUUGAAAUCUAUAAUUUAGAACAGUUGAAUUAGGAAUUUUGUUCAUUCAUAAUCAUUCCCCUAGGAAAUGUGUGCUCACUGGCCAACAAGGCCAAUUACACAUAAUCUGUCAGGUGCUGUUAUCAGAAAUUUCUAAAGAAAAAAACAUUUGCAAUAGCAAAAAUAUUAAUUAUUCUAGUUACUCUAAUAAAUAAUAGCCUUAAUUAAAGAAGAUAAGAAUUUGUCAACUGGACCUUAAGCUUACACCAUGGAUUUCAUCUGUAUCAUUAUCAUUUCACAUCAUAGGCUUGGGGUGAUUAGAUAUAAAAUUGGACAAUAUUGUUGCAAACGGCUAACUUUUUAAAACCAGGACAUUGUAAGUAAAAAAAAAUUCACUCCUAGCUAUUCAAUGGAAGGGUAUUGAUGUCAGAGCAAUUUUUGGCAGAAAUGACAACAAAAAAAAAAAAAAAACUCAAAAA